AUGACGGUGCUCAUUGACCAAAGUGGUCACUUGUUCGGCAAAAAGAAGUGCAGCAUCAAAGAUCUCAUUGUCAACAAAGAGGUGCUCCUAGCGGUGGUAAAGGCAUUGGGAGACCGUCCAAGAGUAUCCGCUUAUACUCUGCAAGAUGCAUUGCUGGGCUUUUAUACAGAAGCAAAGCUAUACCCCUCGGGUGUGUUUUCGGAGAUUCCUGCUGUCCAAGAUUGGGCAUUGAAACAAGCUAUUGGCAUCAAGAAGUUGGUUUCGAGAUUGCGUCGGUUGAUGAAGCGCUCAAGCACUUCAAAGCACAGAAAGCUUACAGAGGUCAAAGCCAUUGCCCGGCGCAGUGGUUGGUGUAAGGAGAGCGAUGAGCGGGCGAGUCUGGGUGAUCCGGACGAUCUCGAGGAGCUGGCAUCUUCGUCCACAACGACACCUGGCUCGUCGGAAGUGUCUUUGGCAUCGGGAUCAACGGGUUUGGCUGGUUCCAAAUUGGAACGUGUCAUCCAGCAGCUAAAGGAUAUCAAACUUCGCUGGGAAACCCCGGCGCCAGUGAUGGCACCACCUGAUCAAACUCCAGGAAAAAUGACAGCCAUGAAUUGUGUGACUGUGGACUCCUCUGAUGAGGAGGGCCUUGUAAGUCAUGAACAUGGGGAUCCACCAGCACCAGCGUCGUCAGUUGACUCCAAGAACUCAACCCUUUCUCCAUCCCAGCGUGUUGCCCAGUUUUUGUUGGCGAAGAAAAAUGCCAGGCUAGUUGCUGCAAAAGCGGCAGUGGGUAAUCCCGAGAAAACACCAGACCCCGGCAGUGAUACAAACCCGUAUGUGCUGCCCGAUCACGUCUCAAGGUUGUGCAUAGUGCAUCUUUUAAUUUUCCUGAUUUCCGAAUUGUGUAUAUACCUUGUUUCCCUAGCUAUAGUUCAUGCCCAUCACAAAUGGCGACAUAAAACUGAGGUUUUGCAAACCAUGGGGAAGAUUUCAUCUCCCCCUACGGCUUUUUCUUUGAAGUCACAAUAUGUCCAAGAGGUUUCAAAGGCUAGGGCUGCCAGUGGUGUCGAGCCUUCGGAGGAUGAGGAAGUUCAGGCAGCAGCAGCGCCUGGCAGUGUGGGUGUCCCUCGAUCCGCAAAGAGGAAGCGCAAGGACACCAAACAGGACGUGAAGGAAAAGGACACAGUGAAGGGUGAUGACACAAACUCAUGGAAUUAUAACGCGGUCCGUAGUGCUUACAUAAAAGAGAUAAGGGAACGUGAUGGACUUUCAUUUGCCGAAGCAAAGACUUCAUGGGACAAUUCUGACCAGAAAUGUGAAUAUUUGGGGUCCGUUUCUGUUUCAGAAUUGAAGCGUCGCAAGUUUAUUGCGAAAGGUGUUUCGGAGAAUCCAUGGGCGAAAGGCAAGUUCAGCAAAUAG